UUUCUAUCUCUACUUCGGCGUCGUUUUGCUAUUACGCCUAAAAGUGCCGCGAUUUUGGUGCAAGCUUUGAUUGAAAAAUAAUUUGUUAAGUGAAAUAUUACGCCUCAAGUAAACGUAUGAAGCAUGAAGCAUUUUGAUCGCCAAUUUGUGGCGGGCCAGCUGAAGAAAUUGCUGCGCUGCCCAAAAUGCCACAGCGACUAUGCCCUCAAUAGUACUAAGGGAUACGAGAACCACCGUCCCUUCCUGCUGCCCUGCGGCCACAACCUGUGCGAGAAGUGCCUUAAGAACGGCGAAAAACUGCAUUGCGCCGUUUGCUCGGAGCCGGCGCCGCCGACCAUUAACGAACAGGAUUUGAAGGCCAGCUCCGGCUUGCCGUACCAACUGGACUACCAUGUGAUGGGGGAACUGGCUGACUCGGAAAACAUUCGCCGUUCAUCGGCGAGUCAUCAGCAACAGGUGGCGCAAAGCUUCGAAAUAAGCGGUCCCGUGAUCAAGUCGAAGUGCUGCGAGUGCAUAAGCAGCGUGGCCACGCGCCAGUGCAAGCAGUGCAACGCCUUUUACUGCAAGGGCUGCUACGUGGCAGUGCACCAAAACAGUCGCGUGCUGAAGGCGCACGCCUUCAAGUCCCUGAAAGAGGACUAUAAUCCACAUAAUCGCAUGUAUGUGGGCAGUGACGUCUUCCUCAUGCCCUUCCAGAUGAAGUGCAAAGUCCACCACACGCAAUUCAACACCUACUGCCGAGCUUGCAAGAUAACCAUCUGCGGAGAGUGCGCGGACAGUUUUCACACGGGACACAAGGUCCAGCAGCUGUCGGAAAUAAAUCUCCACUUUGUAUCCGAGAUACCGGCCUGCAAGCGCUCCCUGGAAUCUGCGCUGCGCAACAUCCACAACGGCCAGGCGGUGGUGCGCGCGGCCGAUGCGAAGCAGAGCGGCUAUGCCGCCGAGGCGCUGGCCGACAUAACGCAGCUCUUUGGCCAUCUGCAUGGCCUUCUCCAGAUGUCCGAGCUGAAGCUCAUCGAGGGGCUGCGAAAGCCCAGCGUGCCGGCCCAAACGGAGCUGAAGAAAGCCAUGGAACUGCUGAACGGCUACGAGGCUGUGAUCACGCAUCUGCAGCAGUUGCUGCAAAAUGAAGUGCCGAAGGAUAUGUGGCUCAAGGAGCUGUUGCGUCUGACCUACGAGCAUCUGGAUAAAAUUCCCAGCGGCGUGAAAGUGAGCAAGGUGGACGGCAAUCCCUAUCGCUUGCCCAGCCACAAUGUGUUUUUCCAAAAGGUCGAAAAGUGGGCCCAAAUGAUCGAAAAGCAUUUCGAGUGCGACUACAUCGACCCCCGGAUUGUGGUGCGCUUCCAGACCGAGUUCGAUCGCCAGAGCAGCAGCAGCGUGUCCAUCGAGAAUGGCGAGAACUCGUUCUGCCGCAGCUCGAGAAGCGGCAAGGAGGAUAUGUGCCAGCAGCAGGCUGCUAUUCGCAGCCGGAUGCGGGAUCAGAAUAAGAGCCAGAGCCAGGAACAGAACCAAAAGCGUCAGUUCAAGAUUAAUUUCAGAGUAGCCCAGCCAAUGAUCAAUUCGAGUGCAGAAGUGGCCGAGAAAAUCCACAAACAGCCAAAGGAUGAGGAACUUGAGCGAACCUUCUCGGCAAUCGACAUCAGCACGAAUCAAAACGAAGCGAUGGGGGGUAAUCCACCACGCCCCACCGACUGGUUCAAGUCCGAUGCCCUGGUGAGUGUUCUUUCCAUCAAAUCGCCAGAGGACUUUUACGUUCUGGGCAUCGAUGCGGCCGAGGAAUUGCGCCGGGAGAUAGACUCGUAUGUGCCGACGCUCUCCUCCAAGCCCACUACCAUUGUGGUGGGCCAGCACUACAUUGCCUACGAAGAGGGCCAGGAUUUCCUACACCGCGUCCUUGUCCGCCAGAAAGUGACGAAUAUACCCGACACCUACGAUGUCUUUCUGCCCGACAUCGGCCUAAAUAUCAAUGUGCACAGCAGAGACUUCCGUGAACUUCCCUACCGUUUGACCCUGUUUCCAUAUGUGGCGGUCCACUGCAGCCUGAGCGAACUGGAGCCCACGAACAGGGAAUGGGAUGCUCAGGCCAGUGCCCACUUCAAGAUGGUCAUGAAAAACCGUCCUGCACAUUUGGUCGUGAAGCGUCCGGGUGGCACGCAGCAACGGCACGAAGUGGACCUGAUCACCAAGUCCAAGAUUUCUGUGCGCGAAUCCUUUUUGUACUCUGGACUGGCGCGUAGUCGUGGUGGCGCUGCAACGGACCUGGAGUUAUUGGUGGCCCCCAAGGACCAACGCAUCCCCAAGGCUAAGCACCAAAUCGGAGACGUGCUGAUCAUACAAAUGCUCCAUGUGCCUCAUCCCCAAGAGUUCUAUGUGAUGCGCCACAGCUGUGAGAGUGAGCGCUCCGAAUUGGACGACUUGAUGAAAACCACCAUGGACAGCAUGGAACUCGCAGAUUUUGAGACCAUCUUAGUGGGGCGUUUGGAAAUGGCCUGCGCGAUGCAAUUGGAGAACCGUUGGGUGCGCGUUUGCAUCGUGAAUUUGCUGAAAGAUGGGUACGUGAUGGUGCGACUCGUGGACUUUGGAUCCACACAGAAGGUAUACUGGGAUCAGCUGUUCGCGCUGCCCAAGCAAUUCAUGAAAAGAGAACUAUGCAUCAAGUGCUGUCUGGCCGAUGUGGAGACACUGCAAGCGAACGAAUACCUGUGGACGCCGGACGCGAUCGCCUCGUUCAAGAAGCUGACCUCGAAUCCGAAGAUGCAAAUGGAGGUGAUCAGCGUGCACGAGGAUCUGCACCAUGUGGCGUUGGGCAUCGUUCAAUCCGAUUCAGAGCCCCUUAGCGUUGGUGUCCUAAUGGUUUCCCUGGGACACUGCGCUUCGAAUGGUGAAAGCAGCAGGAAGACAGACCCCCUUAACGUGAAUAAAAUGCGCCUCGAUGUGGACACCCGCAACUUCAUGGAUCAGCAGAAGGGGAAUGCCAUCGGGCCAUCGUCGCCGUUUCAGCCAGACAAGUAUCACAAAAAGCAAGUGCACGUUGAGGUACUGUACGUGCGCCAUCCACACGAAUUCUACGUGACUCUGCCCAGCUUCAAGGACUCGAUACAGAAGCUCCAGGAGGCUGUGCAGAAAGACGCUGCCGAUAGGUACCGGAAUAGCCCCAUCAAGUUCGACUGGAAGGAGGGCGAUAUGUGCUAUGUGAAGGCGCGGGCACAGGGCGAUCUGACAGAACUCUGGCACCGAGGCGUGUUGAUGCGCAUCUGUCCACGGACCAAUGAACUCACUUUGCCAAAAUACGAGGUACAACUGCGCGACCUAGGCGAGCUGGUGCGGGAUGUGGAGAAUGUGAGCCUGGCCUCGAUUUCCGAGGAACAGAAACUCAUCGCUGGCAGUGCCCAGCGCUGCCAGCUUCAUGGCAUUCGACCUAAGAACGACCAGUGGACGGAUGACAACAUUGAUUUCUUCAAGGACCAGCUGCAGGCCUACGAUCGGCUAUACACGGUUAGCCAAGGUCGGCAUGGACAGACGCUAAGCGUCGUCUUGUAUGGCUCGCACACGGUUAUUAGCGGGCCCUUUAAUCCGUCGCGAACCAGGUAUGUCAAUGUCAACGAGACACUAGUCCUCGCCAGAAUGGCAGAUAAGGAUCCCGAGCAGGACUGUAAGGAUGACAAAGACCUGAUGCUGGAUGCUGAUGAUGAUGCAAUCACACAUUCUUCGGAAACAGACGCAUCCAGUGAGGAGCUGGAAGACCAGUCGUUGGUCGAUGAAAUCGAAUAUUUAGAGACUGUUGAGAAAAAAUUGCAAAAAAUCAAGUUGGCCUUUGAGCACUGCCACGGUAUGCCACCUAUGGAGCUUCUCAAUGAUCUGGGCCUGUCCACACCCACCACAGGACAGGUGUUGCCGCCCCCGGGCUGGAUGACGUCACGCCCAUGCAAGAAAUACAUUUUCUCAGGCAUUGUCACGAACGUGAACUACGACUGUGCCCCCUAUAUGACCCUGGCCACAGAUAAACCCUUCAUGAAGUACAUGCGCGACCUGCUGGAGAUAUACUUCGCACCGAUGAAUGAGCGUCGCGGCCCCAACACGAUCACCUAUGCGGCGGGACAGCCGGUGCUGGUCACCUAUCAUAUGGACAACUUCCUGUAUCGUGGCAUUGUGCAGAGUCCAAAGAACGCGAAUGGAGAGUAUGCAGUGUACUUCGUGGACUACGGGAACAUCGAGUUGGCGACGGCGGAGGAGCUGUUGCCAUACGCUCCAUUUCCCAAUCUGAAUGCACUCUGCUGGCUGGUGACGAUUCACGGCGUGCGGCCCAAGCGCGGAAGGUACACCAUUUUGGAGAUGGACACCGUGCAUAAGAGCCUCGUCAUGAAAAUGUGCUGUGUGAACGUAAAAGAACACCAUGGACCAAAUAAGAUACCGUCCUGUGAAAUAAAAGUGGAUUCCUUGGACAUAGCCACCAUAAUGGUGGAAAGCGGAAUGGCGGUGCGAGUCGACACACAGAUAGAAAAAAAAGCCAUUUCAACUCCUCGGGCGACUUUGGAUGAGUUUAAGGUCUUCGACGAGCUGAAGACCUUGGCAUCAGGUGGUCCAAAAAAGGGGGUGAACGACAAAACCCAUUCAACGAUCCAGUCCCCGCCGGUUAAGAAGAAGUAUAAUGCAAAACAGAUCAAUGGACAGUUCUUCCAGUUCGAUCAGGACGUUGACUGCCGACAAGCGGCAAAGGAGCUUAGCCCAAUCAGCAUUGGGACACAUCUCGAUAACUUCGAUGUGAAAGAUGGCAUUAACAUAAACCCAUUACGCCCCCAAGAUACCGGCAGCAGUGUGUCAACGGACACUGAGUCCGCCGACAUUGACGUCUAUGAGAAUAAGGAUGACGACAUGCAAAGCUGCCUUAUCGAAGACAUCGGUGUGGGUGAAGACAAUGAAAAGGAAGACAUUGUGGAUGAGGAUGACGGCAAUGAAAAUGAAGACAUUGUGGUUGAGGAUGACGACAAUGAAAAUGAAAAUGAAGAAAUUGUCGUCGAGGAUGACGACUAUGAAAAUGAAGAAAUUGUCGUUGAGGAUGACGGCAAGGAAAAUGAAAACAUUGUCUAUGAAGAUGACGACAAGGAAAGACGCACUGUGGCCGACAGAAAUGCUGAUCAGGUGAAGCCAGACUUUGCUGUUGCCAAGGGUCAGUUGGCUCGCCGCAUUGAGCUGCGCCAUAAGGAAAUGAUGGACAACGCAGGAUUCGCUCCACUGGACACAUCCACAGUUCGGUCUAUCUAUGGCGGGAUGGGCGCCUUCAAAUCCCACAUUCUGCCGUCUGGCGUGAAAGAGUUCCAGUGUUCUAUCGACAGCCUAAUCUCAGAUACAGAAAUUCAAAUUUCGCCAUGUCUAUGUGAGUUCACAAAACGCGAUAUUAGCCUGAUCCAGGAAACAAGCGCCUUGAUAAAUAAGGCAGCGCCAAUUCAUCCGAAGCCGGAUGCCUUGUGUCUGGCACGUUACUCUAAAGAUGAGCUAUGGUACCGUGCGACUGUCAAGGAAGUUCAUAAGACCACUAAACAAGCUACCGUUUAUUACAUUGAUUUUCAUGACACCGAAACGGUGUCCUAUGCACACCUGAAGGAGAUUCCCAAGGAACUGUUUAUGUUUCCGUUGCGUUCAUGCCGCGUUAAACUGCACGGGAUUAAGAGGAACAAGAAAUUCGGAGACAAGACCGUUUAUCAGGCCCUGCAAGCUUGCCUCUCUAAGUAUACGACUGUCUACGCUAGAGUUCAUUACCCCUCGAACUACCAUGCCAGCAAGGGCGAACAUACCGAAGCAGCUUUUGACUCAUCCAGCGACUCCAUUAGGGAUGGUCACAAGCUGAUCGAAGUCGAUCUCUACAAGGAUAGGCACUCGAAGAAGCGACUGUAUGAACCACUUAUUGAAAAUUGGAUGUUCCUGAAAAAGUGAAAAUAAUCCAAAACAUAAAUUCAAAACUUCAAAUUCUCUACAGCAUUUUGAAAAUGCGACUUUACUUUACUUUAAUUUUAAUGGUUACAUACAUAAAGGAAUAUGUAUCGCAGUCUUCAGUUUCAACAUUCUCUUAUUAUACUAGACAUACAAGCAUA